AUGACACAGCUCAACUCGGAAAGAGAGGAUAACCAGCCCCUCAAGCCUUGUGAUGUCUUUGAUUUGAUUGGAGGUACAAGUACAGGAGGACUGAUCGCUAUAAUGCUAGGUCGACUGGAAAUGGGAGUAGAAGAGUGCAUCCUUGCAUACACUGAGUUGAUGGAGUCCGUGUUCAGUGAGAAGAUCACCAGUCUCCCAGUGGAUUGGUCGGGGAAUAUCAAGUCCCAAUACGACAGCGAGAGGCUCAAAACGGCAGUCGAGAAUGUCAUCAAACGCGUUGGUCUGUCUCCAGGAGACCCAAUGGAUGAUGGAAAGUCCCGUCGCUGCAAAGUGUUUGUCUGCACAACUUCGAAACAUACAUUACAAGUCGCUCGUCUUCGAAGUUAUCGGGUGUCAAAUGAGAAUACCAUACCAGCAACAAUUUGUGAAGCAGCUUUGGCGACAUCCGCCGCAACAAGAUAUUUCGAUGCAGUGUCGAUCGGCAAUCGCCAAUUUGUGGAUGGGGCGUUCGGAGCUAACAAUCCUAUCGAAGAGGUUGAAGAAGAGGCAGCCGAUCUAUGGUGCACCACAAGCCGUGAUCUCAAGCCACUGGUAAAAUGUUUUAUUUCGAUUGGUACGGGGCAUCCUGCACAAUUACCUAUGGAUGACAAUGUGUUCAAGUUUCUUUCGAAGACAUUGGUCAGAAUGGCGACUAAGCCGGAAAGCACCGAGCGUCGCUUCAUGGCUCGAUGGAGCAAUGAGGUAAAUCAGAAACGCUGCUUUCGGUUCAACGUCGAGCAGGGACUGCAGCAAAUUCAUAUGACUGAUUUCGACAAACAACACGUAAUCGAAUCAGCCACUCACGACUACCUGCAUCAUUCGAAUCAAAAGAUUGAUCUCCGUGAUUGCAUUUUGAACCUCUUGGAAAAAACAGGAAAAACGACUGUUGAUUUUGAAACGACCAUGCGAGAGUAUGAGGCUCGAGUUGAACGAAAUCGCAUUCUAGACACUGCACAUCCAUCCAGCAACUCUGUGCGCGCCAAGGCUCCGUGCUGGAUUGUUCCGUUCGAAAGAAAUCCCCGAUAUGUUGACCGUGAAGUUGUGGGAAAAUUAAAACGGAGAUUGUUCAUCAAGAAUCGGUCAGAAAGAAUCGCCAUUUUUGGUCUUGGUGGCAUAGGCAAGACUCAAAUAUCUCUCGAGCUUGCAUACCAGACAAGGGAACUAUAUCCCAAUUGUGCAAUCUUCUGGCUCCCGGCAGUUGAUUUAGAAAGCCUUCAACAUGCCUACGAGGCAGUGGCAGAUCGUCUUGGACUUGUUCCUGUCGAUUCAAAUGAAGAUGUAAAGAGCCUUGUGAAAACACACCUCAGCAAGACCAGCGCUGGGCGUUGGUUGAUGAUUUUCGAUAAUGCCGAUGAAAUCGACAUGUGGACCGAAACAGCGGGUGGUCUUAAGGAAUACCUGCCUACAAGUGAUCAAGGCGCCAUUGUUUUCACAACUCGAAGCAAUAAAGUAGCCCAAUGGCUUGCUUCUACAGACAUCAUUGAAAUUCCCGAAAUGGAGGAACACAAGGCCACCGACGUUUUACGGAACUCUUUGGUCAAAAAGGAACUCCUACACGACACCACUAGUUCGCGAAAGCUUCUCACCAGACUCACGUUUCUCCCUCUGGCUAUCGUUCAGGCUGCUUCAUUUAUCAAUGAGAACAGAAUGACGAUUGCCAGCUAUGUUGAGCUUUUGGACGGACAAGAGCAGAGCGCUAUUGAUCUAUUAAGCGAACAUUUUGAAGAUAAAGGUCGAUACAAAAGUAUUCGCAAUCCUGUCGCGACGACGUGGCUCACGUCAUUUGAGCAAAUCCACCGACAGAAUCGUUUGGCGGCUGACUAUCUCUGCUUCAUGGCUUGCAUUAAAGAAAAGGAUAUCCCGAUCUUUCUUCUUGACCCAGCGACGGAUGUCGAACAACAGAAGGCAAUCGGCCUUCUCAGCUCCUAUUCCUUCGUGCGCGUCAGGCACAAAGACUCGCGUCUUGAUAUGCAUCGCUUAGUGCGUCUUGCAACCAGAAACUGGCUUCAGUCAGUCGAACAGCUACGAAAGUGGCAAUUAUAUGUACUGCAUUGCGUAGAUGCACGCUUCCCCGUCAUUGAUUUGACGGAUCGGAAUCGUUGGCGGGCAACAGUACCUCAUGCUCUUCAAGUCCUCAGUCUCACAGCAAAGGAGGAUCUUCUACCCGUGCGAGUCCACCUUUUAGGUAUGGUAGCCACGUGCCAGACAUUAGACGGAAGAUAUUCACAGUCUGAGAAACUUAACAACGAAAAUGCUCAAGUUGCUGAGAAAUUGUAUGGGUCAGAAAGUGAUCAUGUGCUUGGACCUCUCAUUGGACUGGCAUCCAGCUACUCAAGUCAAGGGAAGUGGGAGAAAGCGAUCGAGCUUUGCGAGGAGAUACUCAAGACACAGACAAGACUUCAUGGCUCCGAGAGCCUUGGAGCUACCCGAGCCCUUUUCCAGUUAUCAUGUGUAUACCGAGAGUCUCAUGACCACCAUAAGGCCCAUGAACUCUGCAGGAAGGUCGUUCCGCUCUACCUUCGCGUGCUUGGUCCUCGCUCAGAAGAGACGAUGAGCGCUGUUCUUGUUCUGAUCAGAACCUAUAUCUCCUAUGGCCAGUUCGCGGAUGCAACAAAGCUAUAUUUGCUAUUAUUACAAAUUAACCAGAAGGUUCUCGGUUCAGACCAUCCUCGAACAGUCGCUGUGAUGACUGGUAUGGCCCAAAUAUACAUGGAGCAAUGGCGACUGAAGGAGGCCGAAGCAUUGUACGCGGAAGCACUUAAGAUUGAAAAACGCAUGUAUGGGCCUGAACAUCCGCAGACCUUGAUUACUAUGGGAUCGCUAGCUACGGCCUGGGAGUACCAGGGCCGACAUGAAGACGCUGUGGCCAUGCAGACAGAGUGUAUUCGUUUGAGUGGUCAGCUGUUUGGCUCAGAUCACACUUUUACCAACGCUCACAGGUCACAUCUAGAGGCUUGGACUAAUCCUAAGUAA